AAAAAAAAGAAAAAUGCAAUUAUAAAAACCCAAACCUUAGAAAACUUUGGGGAAGCUAAAUUAUGAGCGGGAAAUAGACCUUUGGGAGCAUUGAUGAAUUUGUAUAGAUUAGAAAUAAAGAUUUAUUCUAAUCCUAUUGCUAGCUUUUAGAUUUGUCAAUGGAAUGUUUAACUGUCUCAUGCUUUUCAGUUUUGGAUUUGAAUUGCUGAUUCAGUGUUUGGUAGAUAUGGUGAUGAUGUUAUCCCCCCUCCGUAUGAUCCUUAUGAAUUAUCUAAUCAAUACAAAGUUCAACUGGAAAAGUUCGCAACUUGCUAACAGAUUCUCCUCUUCCCUCGCUUUUGUGGAAAACCCAUUUGGUUCAUGUGCAAAACAUGAAGAAAAGUCUACAUUUUCCAACCCACUUAGUUUCUUACGUGAUUACAAGUUUUCAGGGAAGAAUGUUAGGAACACGGAAAUCUUGCAUGCCCAUUUGCUUAAAACUUGUGAUUUACAAUCUGAUAUCUUCUCCAUGAACACUUUGCUCGAUUGGUAUUGCAAAUCUGCUGACAUGGUUAUUGCCUACAAGCUGUUUGAUACAAUUGCUCUUCCUAAUCUUGUUUCUUGGAACAUCAUGAUAUCAGGUUGUGACCAUAAUUCAAUGUUUGAGAAGUCCCUGGAGAUGUUUCGUAGAAUGCAUUUUCGUGGUGUUGAGCCUGAUGAGUUUAGUUAUGGAAGUGUUCUUUCAGCCUGCAGUGCUCUGCAAGCACCAAUAUUUGGCAAGCAAGUUUAUGCACUUGUAACGAAGAAUGGCUUUCUUUCCAGUGGUUAUGUUCAGACUCGAUUGGUGGAUUUGUUUUCAAAAAAUUGUAACUUUAAGGAGGCUUUAAGGUUUUUCUAUGAUGCUUCGCGUGAUAAUGUGGCAUGUUGGAAUGCUAUUAUUUCCGUGGCAGUUAAAAGUGGAGAAAGCUGGGUUGCUUUGAAUCUGUUUCGCCAAAUGCACCAUGCAUCUGUAAUGCCAAAUAGUUAUACAUUUCCCAGCCUCUUAACAGCAUGUGGUGCUCUUAAAGAGUUGCAUAUUGGGAGAGGACUUCAUGGGAGGGCAAUCAAAUGUGGUGCGACAGAUGUCUUUGUGGAGACUUCUAUUGUUGAUUUCUAUGCAAAAUUUGGAUGUAUGAAUGAAGCUUUUAGACAAUUUUCCCAAAUGCAAGUUCACAAUGUGGUCUCCUGGACUGCAAUCAUUUGUGGAUUUGUGCAAGAGGAUGAUAUCAUUUUUGCACUAAAGCUUUUCAAAAAUAUGAGAGCCAUAGGGCAGGAAACAAAUAACUAUACUCUUACUAGUGUACUUUCUGCAUGUGCAAAACCCGGGAUGAUUAAGGAGGCUGGUGAAAUUCAUUCCUUGGUAUUAAAAUCAGGGUUCAAUGUGGAUCCUAAGGUUGGAACUGCUUUGAUCCAUAUGUAUGCAAAAAUAGGAGAACUUGGACUAUCCGAGUUAGCCUUUAGUGAGAUUAAAAAUAAAAAGGAUCAGUGCACAUGGGCAGCCAUGUUGUCUUCUUUUGCUCAGAACCAAAAUUCUAGAGGGGCAGUUGAGUUGUUCCUUUUAAUGUUAGGAGAAGGUGUGAAACCUGAUGAAUAUUGUAUUAGUAGUGUGUUAAGCAUUAUGAACUGCUUAUUUCUAGGAUCACAGAUAAAUGGUUACACUUUGAAGUCUGGGUUAGUUGCUGAUGUUUCUGUUGGCUGCUCACUUUUAACAAUGUAUUCAAAGUGUGGUUGUUUAGAAGAAUCUUAUAAAGUUUUUCAGCAAAUUCCAGCCAAAGACUAUGUUUCAUGGUCCUCCAUGAUUUCUGGUUUUGCAGAGCAUGGGUAUGCAUAUCGAUCUCUUCAGCUAUUUAAAGAAAUGCUAUAUCAAGAAAUUGAACCUGAUAACAUUACCUUAACCUCUACUUUAGCUGCAUGUUCUGAUCUUUGUGUCUUAAAGACUGGCAAGGAAAUUCAUGGUUAUGCUCUCCGUUUAGGAAUAGGAACAAACAUAGUUGUUGGUGGUGCACUUGUAAACAUGUAUUCAAAAUGUGGAGGCUUGAACAUAGCAAGGACAGUGUUUGAUAUGCUGCCACAAAAGGAUGCGUUUGCUCUUUCUUCCUUGGUCUCAGGUUAUGCUCAAAAGGGUCUAAUUGAAGAGUCACUUUUGUUAUUUUGUGAUAUGCGUCGAACUGAUAUGACAGUUGAUGCCUUCACAAUUUCAUCCAUUCUUGGGGGUGCUGCAGUUUUGUAUCGGCCAGACAUUGGAGCACAACUGCAUGCCUACACUGAAAAAUUGGGCUUUCGAGCAGAUGUAUCUAUUGGUAGUUCACUAGUGACAAUGUACUCAAAAUGUGGGAGUAUCGAGGAUUGUCAGAAAGCAUUUGAUGAUGUUAAGAAGCCUGAUUUGAUAGGUUGGACAUCCAUCAUAGUGAGCUAUGCUCAGCAUGGUAAGGGUGCAGAGGCUUUAGCUGCUUAUGAACUUAUGAGAAAAGAAGGAGUCCAGCCUGAUGCCGUAACUUUUGUUGGGAUUCUAUUGGCAUGUACUCAUAGUGGGCUGGUUGAAGAAGCCUUCUUUUAUCUCAAUUCGAUGUGUCAAGAUUACAACAUUAAGCCAGGUUAUCGUCAUUAUGCUUGUCUUGUUGAUCUUCUUGGUCGAUCAGGUAGACUCAGGGAGGCUGAAAGUUUCAUCAACAAGAUGCUCGUUGAGCCUGAUGCUUUAAUAUGGGGAACUUUGCUUGCUGCUUGCAAGGUCCAUGGUGAUUUUGAGCUUGGCAAGUUAGCAGCCAAAAAGAUAUUGGAAUUGGGGCCAAGCGAUGCUGGAGUUUAUGUGUCAUUUUCAAAUAUCUGUGCAGAUGUAGGACAGUGGGAAGAAGUCACAAAGAUUAGAAACUCAUUGAAGGGAAAAGGGAUGAAGAAGGAGCCUGGUUGGAGCCUUUUGUGAAAAACUAUGAAUAUAAUGUCAUGAUUGGUGACUCUUAGUAGCUACUAAUCUGAUAUGUUGAAUUCCUUACAUAAACAAAUGGUAAAAGAAUGGUGAGUUUGACAUCUGAAGACUAGACUCAUAUGUAUCAGGACAAUGAUUGUUCUGGAUGAUGCUAGAUGCACAGUUAUCUUAAGAAAUGUCAAAAUAUAUUAAUACAACCAUAAUGUCAUGAUCAAUUGCUAGUACUUUCAUAAUUCAGACGCAUAAAUAUGCAAGGAAACACAACUUGGCAUUUGUAUUGAAUUUUGUGGCCAAUUUCUACGUUAAGCGACUUUUGUACUUGGGGGCCAUAUACAUAAUGAUAAAAUUGUUGCGCAAAACUGAUAUGGUGUAAAAUUGCCUGGAGAGUUUCUAUGGUGCAUAACGCAGGUGGAAUUGCAAGGUCAGAUAGCUUCACUGAUUGGAUUUUGGGUUUAAAAUUAUCCCAUGAUUUUGGUGCUUGUUAAUAUGACAGUCAUUAAGUGACUGGUGAUUAUUGGGUGUGAUGCUAAUGGCACUAAGGAGCAUGAUGGAAACACUUUCAAGCUACCAAAAUUACCAACUACAUUAUGUUCAUAUAAAGACUUCAAUAUGGAUACUGUGGGAAAAAUUGAUCAAGAUUUGGUAAAUUUUUCAGCUGUUCCUCUGAAGAGCUACAAACCUUAACUACUAUAGGAAAAGUUUAUCAGGCCUACUUGUAACUAUUUGUCACCCCAGCAGGGCCUAUAAAAGCCUUGAUUCCUUCAUAAUGAUGCUAUGCUGGUGGGUUCUGCUGUGCAACCCAGGUAUCUCCUGCUACAUUUUGCCAGAAAUGUUGCAACUUCUAAGUUACUGCUGUUUUGGUGUGGAUGCAAAACUAAAAGAAAUAAGAGGAACACACUGUCUUUGGAGAGUUCUUAACCUGAAAAAAUCUUAAAAAAUGGCGACUAAGGCCUCUAGCAAAAUGACGCCGUUGCCAGGGAACAAUGAUUUAGUAGCCAUUUGUAUUUAGUUUAUCAUGUUUUCUGAUUUUUAGUUUGAUCAUUCUAGGUAGGAGCUGCUUAGAUUUUUCUGCUACUGUUACAUACUGUUUUUAGCUGUGUUCAUUGCCCUAUUUCUGUCACUGUGUUUGCUGUAAGUGUAUCAUCAGGUGAGAUCAGGUUCAAUACACUAAUUUGACCCUGAAAUUGAGGGGCUAGAAGGAGAAGCUGAACCAGUUUGAUUCAUAAUCCAUUGACCAAACUGUCAAGCCUGUUGAACCUGAAACAGUCGAUUGAGAGACAUGGACUGCAACGUGAGAGAACCUUGAAGGAGCUGGCAAACCAGGAUGACUACAAACCUCUGUAUAUCCAGAUUCCACAUGCUGAUGAAGGAGCUGCAAACUUUGAAUUGAAGCCAAAACUGAUCCAGCUGCUGCCAAAGUUUCAUGGCUUGGCUGAUGAGGAUCCAUACAAGCAACCUCUAAAAGAAGAAAAAAGAAAGAUCUGAUAAAACCAGUGGUGGAAGAAUAGUGCAAAUCAGCUUCAGAGUUUCAUUCCAGAUUUUAUUUUCCUUUUCAUUACCACAGAACAAUUUUCUUUCUGCAAUUUUAUUCUUAAUUCUUUGAUCUAUUUGCCGUUUCCAGUUUGCUCCCCUUGCACAUUGAUGACAAUGUGUGAUUCAAGUUUGGGGGGAGAGGUUUUA